AUUGAAUUGAGGCUAUGUAGUCCAUACUUUCAUUAUCGAAAUCACAAAACUCAAGUCCUUUCUUUCUUUCUUUCAGUUCCAUUGCGAUUCAACAAGCGAGCGAGGGGCAAGUGGAGGUGCCUAUCAGCUUGUCGCAAUUACAGCUCGCUCCGACACGCUGUUCACUCGACCCCUGUCCACCGGCGCCUAGUUUGCGACCAAGUCCACCUCCCAUCGUCAUUCCACUCUACUCCAGGCCAACGAACAACCUCCUUUCAGAAUCUACAACUCAUCACCUCUAUCGCAAUGGCCCAGAAGGCGAAGAAGGACCGCGCUAAGUCCAACGCGGCGGCGCUCAACAACCUCCACAUCGGCUCUCUCGUCGUCAACGUCAUCUUCCUCCUCGCCCACUUCCUCUUCCGCUCGCGCUCUCUCUGGCUCUAUGGUCUCCUCUCCGCGCCCUCCCUCAUCUGCGAGUACGUCCUCGAGAUUUCCGGUCGCCCCAAGUACGACCCUUCCACACGCGCGCUGCGCAGCGCUGGCGAGGACCUCUCCUCUGCCGGUCUGACCGAGUACAUGUUCGACGUCAUCUGGGUCACUUGGGCAUCGGCGAUUCUUGUCAUCCUCUUCGGCAACAAAGGAUGGCUUCUUUGGGUCGUUGUCCCGGCGUAUGGCCUGUAUCUGGGAAGCGGGCUGCUUGGCAUGGGCAGGCAGAAGAUGGCUGAGCUACAAGGCGCUGGUGUUGGUGAUGUAGCUCCUCAGGGAAAUCGCCGGGCGCGCCGGGCUGCUUAA